UCCUACCGACCGCGGUGCCUGGCAACAAGAAAAAGACGUGAUGACGUCCUCCCCCCAGAUUGCGUAUUAUGGGAUGUGCGAAAUUAAACAACCCGAAGAGGAACGCGGGGGGAAGCCAAAAAUAAUAAAAGAGACAGAAAUAAACGAGGUGCAUGGUGAAGCAUGGAGCUCUCGGCUGUCGGUGAGAGCGUCUUCGCAGCCGAGUCCAUCAUUAAACGGCGAAUCAGACGGGGUCGUUGGGAAUAUCUCGUGAAAUGGAAGGGCUGGUCUCAGAAGUACAGCACUUGGGAGCCGGAGGAAAACAUUCUGGAUGAGCGACUCUUCGCCGCCUUCGAGGAGAGGGAGCGGGAAAGGGAGCUGUUCGGCCCGAAAAAGAGGGGACCCAAACCCGAGACGUUUCUCCUGAAGGCCAAAGCCAAAGCCAAAGAAAAGACGUAUGAAUUUAGAAGAGAGGCCCCCAGAGGGAUCCAGGUUUCCUAUCCCAUCCCGGAGCCUGUCAUAACACCGAGGGCCCGGGAGGGUUUACGCGCCGUGGUUCCCACAAUCUUCCCACCGAGCGCGGUCAACAGGGGAGAGAGCGUCCACGUCCCACCGCCGGAGCCGGACAGGAGGCCCAGACCCCCAGCCGCCCUGACGCUCCAGGAGUCCGCACGGUUCCCCAAAAAGAGAGGCCGCAAACCGAAGCUGCAUUUGCAUUAUGAUAAAAACGACGGGGGCGGCGCAGCGGAGCCGGACUCCAAGCGGAGCAGGUUAGUGGUGGAGGAGGAGGAGGAGGAGGAGGAGGAGGAGGACGACGAGGAAGAGGAGGAGGAGACGGUGUCACACCACGGCCUGUCCAAAACGACCCGGCGCCUGCACCACCACGGAGAGACGUCAGACCACAGCCUCAUCCAACUGACCAAGAGGUUCCAGGAGGAGACCACGAUAACGCCCAAGUCCAGCAGCGAGCAGAGGCGCGCGGGGGGCCUGUCUUACACCUGCGCGUUCAGGCCGGACGGGCGCAAAAGCGACCAGAGGGGACACAGGACUAAUUGUUUGUCAGUCCCUCAGCCCGGGAGGCCGAAGCACCCCACGGAGCACCGGAGUCACCAUCAGGUGAGGGAGUACUGUCUGCCCGGCAGGGGGCAACGACCCUCUCGCACCUCCCCACAGCCCGAGUCCAUCCACGAUUCAUCCGCGCGACCGGCCUCGUCCUGGACCCCCAGUUUCACCAACCUGGACUCUGUGACCGUGACAGACGUCACCAUGAACUUCCUGACAGUCACCAUCAGAGAGAGCAGCACUGACAAAGGCUUUUUCAGAGAUAAGAGAUGAGUGUGCGCGCCGGGACGUUUUAAGGUCAGAGGAGGCUGAUAUAUAUGACGGAAUAAUUGUUUAACAUGCUACUAACUAAACAAGCCUACUGUAAUACUAUAUUUUUUCUAUGUAACUUUCAAAAGUGUACAAACAAAUAUUUAAUACGCUGCUGAGAAAAUAAAAAAAGAGGAAAGUGA